UGUGUUAGCUCCGCCCCUCCUCUCCCCGCCCUUCCCCCCUCCCUCCACUCCUCCAAUCUGUCCCCGUGCGUGUCCCACUAAAGCGAUUUCAGCGCAUGCAGGCAGGGACUCGUCCCUACGGCGGCGGAUGGCAACAUGGCGACAGAGUUCCACAAUCUGCAGGAGUUGAGGCACAGUGCAUCUCUGGCUAAUAAAGUCUUUGUCCAGAGAGACUACAGUGAAGGAACCACCUGCAGGUUUCAGACCAAGUUCCCCUCUGAGCUGGAGAGCAGGAUUGAGCGGAAACUGUUUGAAGACACUGUGAAGACGCUGAAUAAUUACUACGCAGAGGCAGAAAAGAUAGGAGGCCAGUCCUACCUGGAGGGAUGUCUGGCCUGUUCGACAGCUUAUCUUAUCUUCCUCUGCAUGGAGACGCGCUAUGAGAAGGUGUUGAAGAAGAUAGCCAAGUACAUUCAGGAGCAGAAUGAGAAGAUCUUUGCUCCCAGAGGGCUGCUCAUCACAGACCCUUUAGAAAGGGGAAUGCGUGUCAUAGAGAUUUCCAUCUAUGAAGACCGGGGCUCCAGUGGUUCCAGCUCGGGGAGCAGCUCUGUGUCUGGCAGCACUGCUCGAUGACUGGGUACUUCCUGAUCGACCAUGUCCCCCUGAUCACUCGCAGCCCUGGAGGAGAACUUAGGACAAUGACGCUACUCCUGAUCCAACACUUAGCCCAUACAUCCCAAAGCUAAGCUCACACAAAGGAUUCACCGGUGUUUAAGCUUUUUAUAACACGCGCUGUAGUAAUUGGUUGCAAAGCAACGUGCAUGCGCCGACACAGUGAAGUUACUGUACGAUGCAAUGUCUCAGUGAAAAGAAGAGAAUAAAUAGUUAGUAAUACUUUGUGUGGUAGUACCAUUACCUUCCUUCCUGUCUUCUUUGAAGGAAGUGUUGAGGCAGGAGUGAAGACCACAAGCCUCACCGAACCUCAUACCUCAGCCACCACCGCUGCACCACACCGGACCAAACUGGGCUGAACUCCACCAUCACCCCUGCACACCAGACACUGGCUUUAAAAGAAACGUUAUCUAUACUUCUGGCUGAGUUUCCAUAUUUUAGCAAAAGUAGGAUGUACGAGUAUUUGAAGGCGUCACAAAGUUUUCACCUGUGCUGUAAAUCCUGCUGUCUGGUAGCAGAUGAAUGUCAUUCAGCCCGUCCAUGUAUUUUAUGUAGCAGAUCUUCCAUAUUUCUCACAUGAAGCCUAUAUGUUCUUUGUUAGAUACACAGACAGGCACACAUAUCUCAGUACCAACCUCUUGGCUUUAACGAGUGAGACUAUUCCCAAAUUUUGAUUAUGCAAAGACGUACUGUGCAUUACAUGCAUUAGUAAGUAGACAAAGGACGGGUCAAAAAGUCUUCUUGAUUCUUACAUGUAGUGUUUUAAAAUACACCAACCCUUCCUUGAUUUCUAAACCAACUUCCAAAGAUCCAUAACUGCCAAAAACUGGCUCACAAAUGUGAAUGUGUCUUUUAUUUUGGUGACAUUUUGUGCAAGAACAAACUUUCGUACUGCUUGUUGUUUGAUACAUGGGGCAAUGAGGUAUAUAUGACUGGCAUCAAAUAAAUACUGUUUCAUCACAGCUGCA